GCGGCGGGAGGUGGACGCGACGUUUGUUUUGCAACGCGGCCGGCCUGUUGUAUGGUAUUAUAUAGGUGCAGCGCUUGGUAGUCGUGUAGGUAUAUACCAUAAUAAUAUACGCUUUAUUGGCAACGCGUCAAUACCGCACGGGCGGCGGCGCGAAGGACGCGUAAGGGUACCCUCGUAAUAUACGCGCGUAACUCAGUGCCAUUUCGUCCAUCAAAUCCGCCGUGGAAAACUACGUUUUUGGUAUAUUAUUUGGGUACGACCGCCACGCGACAUACGCACAGCACGUCCAUUCCGACGGCUCUUACACCCCGCGCUUCCGUCACGAGUAAUACCUAAAUAGCAGCAUGUCAGAAAAGCGGACACUUUUGAGCCGUCCCCGGACCCGGGUGUACGACUGCAACUACAACAUCGGCGAAGGUUACUAUAAGCCAAUGAUGGACCACCUGGACCGCAAAUAUUACGGUUCUUCGGCCGCACCAGCCGCAGCUAAGCCCGCGAGCGGAUUCUUCGACUCCAGCCCAAAAAGCCUGUUCAGCACGUCCGGCUCAUCGGCCUUUGACGAGUAUAGAUCUUCGUCACCGGCACGAUCCCGCCGCAGUGGAUCCGACUCCAGAUUAUCGUUGCCCGAUGAAGAAUUCGAACAAGAGGUGGCUGCAAUGCGCCGGGCUCGUGCCGCCAAGGUGGCAGCUGCCCGGACGGCGUCUCUGGAGAAGGACUUCGAGUCGGCGUUCAACGGGUUUGCGUCGGACGGCAAGCCGAGGCCGCGCCUCAACUAUACGGAGAAGAUGUUGGACACGGUUGGGCUGAACGGCAGGUCGCAGGAGGCGUUGGAGGAUGAGAUCUACAAGAAGAGGACAAAGUCCUUCUUCCAGGACGCGGAGGAUGUGGUGGCGUCAGCCGAACUGCACGCCAACAACCGACGGUCAGCCGCGUUCAAGGCGCAUCUACAGGACGCGGCCGACGAGCAGUCUGCCAGCCAGCUGGCGGCCGCGGCCAGGGCGCGCAAGUCCAAGGCCCGCUUGUUAGACAUACAAAACGAGCUGGACGGCAUCGUGGAACGGGACGCUGCCCGCCAGAAGCGCUCAGCCAAUCUGAAGGCGCUGUUCGCUGACAACGAAGCGCUCACAGAAUCAGUUAGCUCUUUCAAGAAGAAGUCAUCGAAAAAAGUGUCAUUUUAAUGGAAUUUAACGUAUUUAAUAUUAUUGUUAUAAAUAUAAUAUAUUCAUUGAGAGAAAGAGAGUGAGAGAAGGGGUAUAGGUAUUAGGCACCGGAGCAGAUCAGACGUCGUGACCGCUCGCCGUCAUCUCUCUGCAUCAUUACAAAUUACUGUUCUCUAUUUUUCCCUCUCUAUCACUCUUCUCCCCUACUUUCUCUCUCACACCGCUCUUCUCCUCAUAUCCUGACUUUUUCUUUCUCUCUUUUCGUCUUACAAUUCCCCCCCCCCCUCACUAAAGUCUAAUUUGGCAUCACAAAUUUUAAUAACAGUGAUAUUUUCAUCUGGCGUUGUUUUUUUUUUUUAUAGAUUUAGAGCAUACCAUUUUUGUUCGUCGAAUUUGUAGGUAUUCGAUCAGGAUAGAAUGAAAUUUAAUUACAUUUCUCUUUAUAGUUAUAAAAUGUGCGUUCAAAUGUUAUUCGAUACUUCUUUUUGUUGCAUUUUUGUGUUAUUAUACAUUUUACGAAUAACUGAAUAGGUAUACAUCACCUUUAACGAGUGGUUAUACACUUAUAUCUACUUAAAUUGUUCGAAUAUAUAUACGAUAUAAUAUAAUAACAAUAUACGUUAAAAUCACAAAUAAUAUUAUGUUUUGUAAAUACUAUACCUAUUAUAUUUUUCGGUUUUCCGAAUAUAUUGUUUUCUUUAAAGUUUAUAAUACUUUAAAUGUUGUGACAAAAACCUAAUGCCAUGAAUUAAAAAUAAUUAUGAGUUGUGUUGAAUAGUCGAAAUAUAUUGAAUAUAGUUGAGAACUUUUUAUUGAA